AUGCAUGCACUUGCGCUAACUGUCAGUCUGCUUCUGUUCCAGCUCAUUCACGCCGUCUAUGCUAUUUGGCCUCGUCCUCGUUCUUUGACGUCUGGGACUCGAGCACUUCGCCUCGCCUCUAAUUUCUCCAUUAUCGCAAAUUUCGAACCUACUCCCGACAUAAAUUCAGCUAUCACACGAACUUAUUCUCUUGUCCAGAAUGACAAACUGGGCAGACUCGUGGUAGGAAGGGGUUCUUCUGAUACACCAGCUGUUAAGACUGCAGACGAACUCGACUCGUUGGUUCUUUCACUCACUCAUGACUCAAAUGGGUCCAUAUCGAGCAUCAUGUCAGAGGCACAGAAACCUCUCUCGGAACGGGAUGAAAGCUACUCGUUGACCAUACCAUCUGACGGCUCUACAGCGAGUCUCGUGGCAAAUACUUCGCUUGGACUGUUCAGAGGACUAACGACCUUCAGUCAAAUCUGGUAUGACUUCGAUAAUCAGACGUAUACUCUGAACACGCCGAUCACUAUUGAAGACUCCCCGGCUUUCCCUUAUCGAGGAUUUAUGCUUGACACUGCGCGGAACUUUUUCCCAACAUCGGAUAUCAAACGCACGCUGGACGCAAUGAGCUGGGUCAAGAUCAAUACGUUCCAUUGGCAUAUCUCAGAUAGUCAGAGCUUCCCGCUCCAAGUUCCAGGAUUCAUGGAACUAUCGAGGGACGGUGCGUAUUCGAACGCGUCGAUUUAUACAGUCGAUGAUGUCCAGGACAUAAUAAAUUACGCCGGAGAGAGAGGGAUAGACGUUCUAGUCGAAAUUGACUCUCCAGGCCACUCAGCAGCCAUCGGCGAGUCUCACCCAGAGCACAUUGCAUGUUUCCACUCAUCACCCUGGUCAACCUUCGCCGGCGAACCACCAUCAGGCCAACUUCGCAUAGCCUCCCAAUCAACAACGAAUUUCACCGCCUCCCUCUUUUCUGCCGUCGCCAAGUUAUUCCCUUCUUCCUUACUUGGGACUGGUGGGGACGAAAUCAACGAAGCUUGCUACGCUGCGGAUUCCGAGACGCAGGAUACAUUGAACGCUACUGGUAGGACGAUUGAACAGGCGUUAAAUGACUUUACUCAGGCUACGCAUGGUGCGUUGAGAAGUGCUGGGAAGACACCUGUUGUUUGGGAAGAGAUGGUCCUUGAGCAUAACGUAACACUAUCAAACGAUACGAUUGUCAUGGUAUGGCUUUCCUCUCAGGACGCAGCCUCCGUUGCGGCGAAAGGUUUCCGGAUUGUCCUUGGUCCACAAGAUUAUUUCUAUCUUGAUUGUGGGGCGGGAGGGUGGUACGGUGACGAUGUUUCAAACAUUGGGUGCACUCCAUUCAGAACAUGGCAAAAGGCAUACUCCUUCGACCCCUAUGCAAAUCUAACAACAGACCAACGAAGCCUAGUCCUAGGUGGCCAACAACUUCUCUGGACCGAACAAAGUAGCCCACAAAACCUCGACAGCAUCGUCUGGCCACGUACAGCAGCCUCCGCAGAAGUUUUCUGGACAGGCGGUAAAGUCGUUAAUGGAGGUCUGAACGUCUCUGAGGCGUUACCACGUCUUCAUGAGAUGCGGUAUCGGAUGGUACAUCGGGGUGUACGUGCAAUUCCUCUUCAGCCGGAAUGGUGUGCGAUUCGGAUGGGGGAAUGUGAUGCGGAUGCGUAG